AUGAGCAAGCACGAUGCACCAGGCAUAUCACUUCGCCAUAUACAUCUCCAUGACCGUAUUGGGCACGUUCGGCAAUAUAUUCGUCUUCAUCUUUCCUCUGCACGAGUCGUGGAAGAGCAAGCACGUCACCACCGCGGACCUGCUCCACGUGAACCUGGCCACGGGAAACCUCUUCAACAUCGCCUUCCGAAACAUCCCGGCGCUGAUCUACACCGGCACGGGACAUUGCCCCCUCGGAGACUCCGGCUGCCAGGUCGUCAUGCUCGGCUUCCUCGUCACCACCGCGGUCACCGUGUGGAACACGCUCGUGCUGAGCAUCUUCCGCUUCUUUAAGCUCAGCUGCUCCCUUCGCUGCCAGCGCAUCUUGCGGAAGGUGGAGACGCGGAGAAAGCCCGCGCUGUGCAUCCUCCUCGUGUGGUUCGCGUGCGGUGCCCUGUUCGCGCCCACCGCCGUGUUCACCCGGCGGACGGGCCCCUUGCGCGCCAACUCGAGCGACCUGCGCAACUUCUACGGCUGCUUCUCGCACAUCACCAACAAGGCGUACCUGUACACGCUGCUCUCGCUCUCCGAGAUCAUCCCCUUCCUGCUCAUGCUCGGCGUGAGCGUGGCCACCAUCGCCAAGCUGUGCCGCCACAAGCACCGCACGGAGCCGCAGCUGCGCGUCAACAACUGGGUGGGGAUGCCCCUCCGACGGGCGGCGCACAUCCACGCCGCCUACCUCAUCGUCCUGCUCGGCCUCGUGUUCGCCAGCUGCUGGGGAGUCUACUUCGUGAGCACCCUCAUCGGCAUCUACAUGCUGGACGACGUGUCGGACUCGCUCGUGUUCACGGUGAGACUCGCAUCGAUGGUGUACCCGACCAUCAGCCCGUACAUCAUCGGCCUGGGCAACCCCAAGUUGAUGAACAGAGUGAAGGGCUGCUGCACGCCGUGA